AAAAAAACUUGGGUGUUAUACGCGCCCUGGAACCUUCCUCCCCGGCACUGAGCGGGAAGAAUCACAACACUCGUGAGCAGUGUUUUGCUUCGUACUUGUGUCAGUAUGUUGGUCAGCCUUCAAGCCUCACGGGUUCAUCCUCGCGUGCAGGGCGUGCGUGGCAGCGUUGGUCCGUGCGAGGCGUCGGACCACGGAGCGGCGGCGCGUGCCCUGCCGGAGGUGGGCGUCGUCAAGGCCGCCAGCAUUAGGCCUCCCCAUCCGUCCCCCUUCCACGCCGGGCCGCGACGGUCACACUAACCUUGUUUUCCAUUGUUAAUCACUUUUUGAAAUCAAGAAGGAAAGACAUUCUUUCCGUGGCAUGACUCGCGUGGGCGUGACGUCAGCGGGAACACGAGUAUAAAGCUGCGCCGCGGCAGGGCGUCACCAUCAGUUGUCUUCCUUCGGCAGCGUCCCUCAGCAAUGGCUUACAAGGUUCUCGUCGUGUGCGCCCUGGCGGCCGUCGCGCUGGCCCGCCCUGAAGGCCCGGCCCCCGGCUACGACUACAACGCCCCCGCCCCUGUGCAUCACGCCCCCGUGAACGCCCACCCGCAGUACAAUUUCGACUACGCCGUCAAGGACUACAACGGCAACGACUUCGGCCACCAGGAGUCCCGCGACGGCUACGACACCCAGGGCUCCUACUACGUGCAGCUGCCCGACUCCCGCCUGCAGACCGUCACCUACAAGGUCAGCGGCGACUCCGGCUUCGUGGCUGACGUGCAGUACCAGGGGGAGGCCCAGUACCCCGCCUACAAGCCCGCCGCGUCCUACGAUGCCCCCGCUCCCUCCUACGGCCCCCCCGCCCCCACCUACGGCGCCCCUGCUUCUGGUUACGCUUAGAGGCACCACGGGCCGUUCUGAGGCUCCUGUAGGGAUAUUAAGAGCUUUUAAUAAAGUGAGAGCAAUGAU